AUGUUUGUUUGGUCGAACAUCAACUCAGAAAAUAAUCGAAAUAGUGUGAAUUUUAAGUUUUCCAUCCUCCAUUACAUGCAGCCGCAUCUCAAGGAUCAAUUAGUUGAGCUUCGACUCUGUCUUGAGGCACUGCCAACAGACAUUCCUGUUCCAAAGGAGUCCAAGUACAAUUUCUCUAACUUCAGCCCGGAUGCUGAUUGGACUGCAGACAUUGGUGAGGUUGGUGCUGUCAAUCGAGAGCUAGAGGUUGAGUUUGGUAAUCGUGUUGAUGGCCUAAAACUUGUUGAGCGAGGUCCAGAGAUAGAAGCUGUAGUGGAUGUGUUCGAAACAUGGAUGGAAAAAUAUCCAGGUGAUAUCAUCCUCGAGAAGUGGGUGAAUGACACCCUUGAAGCUGCACGAGGCCUCAUCGUCGCAGCUGGAAAGGCUUUACCAAAGUCCUCACAUCCAACACAUCAGUCAAAUGACCGUCUGGACAUACCCAAGGGAUCAAAGAAGAAGAAGACCAAGAUUAUUGAGUCCAAUGUGUCUGUCAUGCACCUGUACAGAGAUGCCGAGCCAAGCCCUGCAAAGGGGAAAGGUGGUGCAAAGGUUGAUCCUCUGAUGGAUCUUAUCUCGGUCAAUACAUACCUCCAAAGUAACCCCGAAAAGAUGAUUGUCCGGUGUGCUGGAGCCAAAUAUGGAUGCACAAUGACCUGGGCUGCACCUCGCUGGAAGACACGAGUAUUUGGACACGCAUUACAAUGCGGAAAACUGGACAAAAUCAAUUUAACACUGCGGGAUCAUGUUCGCACUGCUAUGGCCAAGGAAUCCUUGGGUGAUCGUGUCAAAGGCCAGAGCCCAUUAAAUGCUGAAUGCAAACUUCUCACAUCCACAUCUUCCAAGUCCACCAUGUCGUCACAUGCACCACUGAAACAAAAAUCAAUAUAUCCAUCGCAGCACAAGGCACACAUUUCGGCACUCAAAGACCAGCUUGACUUCGACGUCCUGAAGCUAAUCUGUGUUGGUGGUAUUCCACCAUCAAAAGUCGAUUCAAAGGAGUGGAAAGAAAUGUGGAAACAUGGAAAUCCUGACUAUGAACCAGCAUCUUGUGCCAUACUCACCGAAACACAAAUCCCCAAUGAGGCAGCUUGCAUCGAAUCUUUACAACUGCAACACCUUCGUACCUGCGAUGACCUUACCAUCACUUUCGAUGGAAAUACUACAAAGAUGCCCCAGUCUGUUUAUACCAUACAUGUGAUCACUCCAGUGCAUUGGGUGUUUUUGGUGGAAGGUGAUGAGUCUUCAGAAGAAUCACAUACUGGGGCAAAGAUACACGAAGUCAUGCUACGCAUUGGAGCUGAACAUUUUGGGGGAGUGGCUUCUGACAACACUGGCAAUAUGACAUUAGCUCGUUCACUCCUACAAGAAGAAUUCAGUUGGAUUAUCAUUCUCCCUGACUCGUGUCAUCGUAUGAGCUCGCUGUGCAAAGAUAUUGGUAAUAUCAAAUUCUUUCGACCUGUGAUCAAGAAGAUAUGUCGAACGAUCAAGUACUUCAAGAACUUGAACUUUGCUAGUGCUCAUCUCCGUCAUCGUCGUAAAGAUUUAAAAAUCAAGAGAGGACUUGUGUCAAUUGGAAAGACACGUUUCGGAACUAUUUAUUAUUCUGGAGAGUCACUUCGACGUUGUCUGAAGCCUAUCCGACAAUUGUGCACUGAACAGGUCAUCAACAUACCAAUGCUAAGAAGUACCUUGCAGGAAGUCAACAAUUGCUUUCUCGAGGAUCAUUUUGCAUCCGACAAGUUUGAAGUGGAACUUCGACAACUUCUUACAGUACUUGCUCCGAUUGCAAAGGCUAUAACAUGCCUUGAGUCUACUCACUCGACUGUGUCAGAUGUGUAUCUUUUCUGGCUUGCUGUCACCGCAACGAUCCACCAAAUUAUCACUGAAGAUAUCACUGGCUUGCCAACUGAGUUCCAAGGGGCAGAUAUCCUCUGGGACUUGAACCCACUCAUCAUUGCUCGUAUCAGGAUCAGAGGCCAGACAAAUCAUCCCCAGGACCAAGAACUCCCACAUUCAGUUCGUCGUAUGGGAAAGUUUCUACUUUCGAUACUCUGUAUUGAAUACGAGAAACGAAAGGCUCCCAUCGCAAACCUGAGUAUCUCAGAGGCAAACACUCACUUGAAAGACCUCAUUGAAAAAUACAUCAAAAAGGUUUACCCUUCCGAUCGCGAACUUCGAACUGACGAGACAGCAUAUGAAUGGUGGAGUUAUCUGGACAAAGAUCGAUCUGGGGAUGCUCAACCACUUGCGUCCAACCAGAGGCUCGCUGUCCGAAUUUUCUCGCUUGUACCCAACUCAAUGGCUGAUGAGUGGACUGGCUCAACAUUCACAUGGCUCAACUCGCUGCUUCGCAGUCGGCAGCAGGUAAAAACUCUCGUUAGGACAGUCCAAAUCCGUAGUUGGUACAGAUAUGAUCCCUCUGCACCGCCUCCAAAAAAGAAACCAACUGUCAAAUGGCGUGAUAUGACAUCGACCAUUUUUAGUGGCAAGCGCAAGCGAGGGAAUGGAGACAACGACGAUGACAACAGUGAAAAUUCUGACGUGGACGAUGAUUUUGCAGAUGAAGCACCUAAUGAGCCAGACAUGGACAAUGACAACUCAGAGUUGGAUGUCAGUGACCCUGAGGAUAUAGCUGAAGAUGGCUCAAAAAAGGUGGAUUCUUUUGAUGGCGAGACUUUCGAUGCCGCCAGUGUCAUCAAUCUUGACUCCAGGAGGCUAGUUGAUGUGCUUGCUGACAAGGAUCUGGCACCUACAGCACCGAGGAAUACCAUCACUCUUCCACCGGCAAGCACUGUCAUGCAAGAUAAGGUCUUGACCGAAGCAGACUGGGACAUGACAUAG